AGUUCCGAAUUAGUCCGCAAACGCGUUCGUGAAUUACCAAUCACUCAUAUCAGAUCAGUUAAAAAAUAUGACGAAUCAAAAAUUGCUAAGAAAAUCUUUUUGGCAGAUCGAGUUUCUUCUGAAAUUGAACGGGCUGCUACCGGGAGAAAGAUAUCAAAUACUGUACUCGUUCUAUACCUCUUGCCUGCUGUUCGUUUUCAAAAUCGUAUUCCCCAUUCUGGGAUACACUUUCAUUUACAAGGCGGAUCCCAGCGAAAGGAUGAUCUUGAUUGGCAAUUCUUUCGUCUACAUAGAAGUGUUGGUGUUGGUAUUCAAACACUGGCCCUUCAUCACUAACCCGGAUUUGACCAAAAGGCUCCUGAAUCAAUGGAACGAGAGUAUUUUCAACACGGAAGUGGAAAUUGAUAAACAUAUCAUCGAGGAAUCGAUGCGACAACGUAAAAUCAAACAUAACGUGUAUUUCUAUUCGGCUACUUCAGCGCCUUUUGUGAUGUUGAUAAACGUCAUACUUUCUGAUCACAGCGAUUUAAAAUUGCCUAUUUGGAUGCCAGUAGAUGUUUUAAAUAGUACCAGUUGGUAUGUUUGCACUAAUGCCUUCGUUUUUUCAGCGUACUUACACGGGGUAUUAGGACAUUUUUGCGUUGAUAUGCUCAUAGUGAGUUACAUGUUGUACUGCGCAGCGCAGCUUAAACUCAUCAAGUACAAGUUGGAGAAUAUGGAGCAAUAUUUGGAUACAGAUUUAACUACGCCUGAUCAAAUAGGUCUUGAUGAUCUGGUCCAAAAGAAAAUUUAUGCACAAAUCACGCAGUGUGUCAAACUUUACGAUGCUGUUUUUAGUUAUGUCCAAGAGUUGGAAAACGUCUAUUCCAUUGGUGUAUUUGCCCAAUUUUUGGUUGCAUCAAUCGUACUUUCGAUUUGCCUAUAUAACAUGUCACAGUUGGAAUCAUUGGAAAUGAAUCUAGCAUACGUUAUGUCUUUCUUUGUUCCCAUGACAUAUUUACUGUACUUAUACUGCAAUCUUGGUACCCUUGUGAUGGAAGAGAGCACAACAAUCGGAGAUGCCAUUCUCAGAAGUCAAUGGUACAACUACGACAUAAAGUCCAAAAGAUCUCUAAUGAUUUUAAUUGAACGAUCAAAAAGACCCAUUAGGUUUACGGCUGGUAAACUAAUUGAUUUAUCAUUGGACACGUUUGUUCUCAUGGUCAAACGAGCAUAUUCACUACUCGCUCUGCUUAAAAAUUUCAAUUAGAUUUGGAUAAAAAAAAUUAAGGAAACAGCCUGGCAAGAAAUGGACCAUAAUAUUUCUCACAUAAUUUUAAGAAUUUCUAUAUGCACUUAAUUGUGUUUUAAAUUGUGCAAUUGACAGUUAGAAGAAUCACAUUUAUUAGUAUUGUAGUAUUUAGAAUGAGUCAAAAUGUUUAAUUUAAGUAAAAAUUUAUUUGUAGGAGUUACAUUACUUAGUGGAAUAUUGUUAACGCUAAUUAAAUAAUUAGGCAAAGAAAGUAAUCUAAUUAAAAGUUGUACGCUAUAUUUUGCACGUUAAAAUGAUUAAUGUACACUUAGCAAUGCCAAAAAAAUACAUAAAUUUAAAUAUCA